AUAUAUAUAUAUAUAUAAUUUGCUUAUAAUUUACAGAAGUGGUGAACUGUAGCGAUGGCGGAGUACACUCUGGGACUGCAGAAGUUAUCCCCAUUGUCGAGACGCACGAUGUAACUAAUGAGAUCACUGAAAUCGAUGGAAACCCUAAUCAAUCUAACAACGAGUUGGUCGGGCAAUCUAUGAGUAAGCCUACAGCCUUAUUCGACGUUCAUAAAAAUUUGAACAAGCGAUGCGAGCUACAAAGAAAAUGUGGAGCACGUUACACUGAAUAUGAGCAUGAUGUUGCAGCUUAUUUAUUGCUGACCUCUGGAAAAAGCGCAUACACAUUUAACAAAGCGAAUAUGUCACUCCCCAGUGUCAAAUCUGUCCAUCGACAUAUUUCUCGGCACACCUAUGAUACCAGAGAAGGAGUGUUGAUGAUAAACACUCUUGUAAAAUACUUGAAGGUCAAUCAUUUUCCAAAAGCUGUUGCAUUAAGUGAGGAUGGGACAUCCUUGUCUCCCAACCCAGAAUAUUCCGCUCGGACGGACUCUGUGCGUGGCCUGGUGGCGCCAUUCGAUGACAAGGGAAUGCCAGUGCUGGACUUUUUCAAGGCUUCUUCUGCGGCAAAAAUGGUUAAUGAUCUGAAGAAUUACACAGUUGGAGAAUACUUAUAUGUUGUUAUGGCGACUCCGAUGGCCGUGGGUGCAUCCCCGGUUUGCAUACUGUACAUGUGCAGUGACAACAAGUUUACGCAUCUCCAAGUAAAACAGCGGUGGCACUACGUGGAAUCCGAACUUAGAAAAGCUGGAGUGAAAGUUGUGUCACAUGCAUCCGAUGGAGAUUCACGCCUAUUGCGAGCAAUGAAGGAAAGAACAAGACUUCCACAUCCACGAGCAAACUUAUUGUAUGGACAAUAUUUCGUUGGAAAUUUGGAUGACGAUGUAGUUUGCAUCCAGGACACUAUUCACCUUGUAAACAAACUCCGACAUAGUUUGCUCAAUCCAAAAAAGAAAAUGGUUGUUGGGAAAUGCGAUGUGUCAUCCGAUUACAUAAAGCAAAUGAUUGAAAUCGGUGAAAAAGUCAUUCACAGGAUGAAUCCGUCAGACUUGAAUCCAGCGGAUAAAAUGAAGUUUGAUCCAUCUUUAAAAUUAAUGGCACCUGAACUUAUUGAACACCUAACAGACAUAGUACCAGAUUCUAUCGGCACAGCAGUAUAUCUAAAGAUAAUGAGGUUGAUAUACGUUUCAUUUACCGAGGAAAACAUGUCACCAAAAAAACGAAUAAUCUCAAUAUGGUUGGUUUUGCCAGAUUCAUGUAAAACGUUAUACAAUGUAAUUUGUUUUAUUUUAUAGGACUGCGUUGUUCUUUGUUCGAGCCUGGCGUUGGCAGUGUCUUGACUCAUCUCGAAGCAUUCAGGAAUGUACAACUUCCAACGUGUAUUGGUGCUUAGAAUUGAACGCUCAUGAGUUGAUUCACUAUCUGGUGAACUGUCGUGACAAAAACGCAGAAAAGCAGUUCGUAGUCCAAAAUCUGACCAGCCAGCCCUGCGAGACUUCCCCAAGUAACCACUAAGCACUAGCGUAAGCGGUCUAAAGGUCAUACAGCAGCUUUUUCGUGUCAAUAGGCUCAGUAGGAAAUUUUCAAAUGCUCUCAGGCAUUAUAAAUAGUAAGCACUGAAAUGAGCCGUAUAUUAGUAUAUGACGCUAUGCUAUAGUGCUUGUAAACCCAGUGUCUAUCAGCCGAAUAAGAAGCCUGACAGUGCUGUUAAAAGGCUUGGCGUGCAUGACGUUUACAUCAAUCAAAGCUGAUUUCAAGCAAAACAAAACUGAACCGAAGCAAAACAAUAAAAUCUCCUCGGAAAUUUCGUACGAUCGAUAGGGCGGUGGAAGCUUGUCGUCGGACACUUCAAGCAUUAAAUGGAAACAGAAAAUGUAUAGCUGCUUCCUCGAUUAUGAUAUAAAUGCAUCGGAUGUCUCGUCGGAUGUUUACCUGUGGAGUUUCAAUCGUUUUUCCUACAGACGAACACCAAAACUAAUCGAUGGGCCC